UAAACACAUACACACAUUACAUUUAAUGAACCACAAGAAGCUGGUUGUGUACACCCAAAGAAAGUGACCCUUUAUAGCACUAGUUUCAAUCCAUUCCUUGCUUUCUCACUUCACCCAACACCUUUACUUAAAAUCAUAUUUCAAAUCAUAGUGAAAAAAGAAAAGAAAAUGAAGAUAAAUGUGUGGAUGGUUUGUGUUGUUAUGUUCAUGAUAAGCAAUGAAAAAUGGAUAGUUAUUACUUCUGCAUACAAGAACUACACUGUUGGAGAUGAUCUUGGUUGGUUUGACAAACUUGAGAAAUCAACUGUCAAUUACCAAAAAUGGGCUUCUUCUAAAACAUUCUCUCUUGGUGAUUUCCUUAUAUUCAACACAGAUAAUAACCACACAGUUGUACAAACAUACAAUUCCACCAUCUACAACCUCUGUGAUGAUAGUGAUUCGCUCGAUAACGACACAUUCCAUUAUGCAUCACCAGAUCCAUCCGCGGCCAUUGUCCACCCUGUAAGUGUAGCUGUCCCACUCCUCAAAGUGGGACCUACGUAUUUCUUCUCGAGUGAUUAUGAUGGUGAGCAAUGCGAGAAUGGCCAAAAGUUCAGUAUCAAUGUGACACAAGGACAAGGUUUACCACCGGAUUUGAGACCUCCGUCACCAGAAGCUCCAGGUCCAGUUAGUCAACAAUCAGGUGAUGAUACGGUGCCUGACACACUAGUUCCAGCUAACUUUGAUCAUCCUAAAGAUCUUGGUGACGCUGACAGUGAUGACGAUGAUGACGAUGGCAAGAAAAAGAAAUCAAAUGGGGUUAUUAUACAAAACUCAAGAUGGGGAUUUUUAAAGAUUUCGAUUCUGUUUGGAGUAUUACAUACAUGUUGGUAGAUCAAGACUUUCAUAUUUAUUUUAAGUUAUCAUUUAAUUAUUUGUGAGUUGUAUAAGUAGCUCAAAGAAUAGGGAUUCUGUGAGUUGAUAGGAAGGAUUGCUAAAGAUAACUAUAGAAAUAAAGGACAGAUGUAUUUGAUUGCUCAAAUUUUCUGUAGAUUUCUCUAAUGUCAUUGUUGUUUUCUCAA